CCCGAAUGGUAAAAAUGAGGAAGUCAGGGGGCUCCAGAGGAGCGGAAAGGGAGUAGAUACACCCCGGAGGAGGAGAGCCAAAGCUGCCCCAUAUCUACCUCUCACCUCACGCAAUCUCCCUGAGUUCCCCUCCAAUCCUUCCUCCGCUCGCUGCCUGAAGACUGGGACACUCCAGAACACAGCUUACAGCCUGCUGGGCUCAGGUCCCUUAGAGGACUCCUCCCUCACUCCACCACCACCUCCACUCUCCAGGAUUUUGUGUUUUUCCAACUUGGGUCACUGCUGCAAGAGGAACCCCCAAAUCGCAGGCUUCAGACAUUCCACAGCCUCCCCCGCAGGUCCGGCCUCUGCCUCUGCCUGGCCCCUGGCCCUGCCUUUCGGCUCUGCCGGCCGCAGUCUCAAUCCCAGCAUGUCGACGCAGUAUGAAAAAUUUCAGCACUCGGAGUGCGAGAAGCAGAGCCAGGGGCCUGGAAAUGGGCUGCCUCUGCCUCGGCCCUUCCUGAAGCAGCUGUGCCCUGGCCCUCGGCUUCUGCUGUGCUCCCUGGGCCUCAGCCUCCUCCUGCUCGUCGGCAUCUGUGUGCUGGGAUCCCAGAAUUCCAGGUUUCGGAGGGACCUGGCGACCCUGAGAGCAACUUUCAGCAACUUCACUGCAAACACUGAGGCCGAGGUCCAGGCGCUGAGAUCCCAGGGAGGCAAAAUGCAAGAAGUGAUAACAUCUCUGAAAGCCGAGGUGGAAAAUCAGAAGCAGGAGGUGCAGGCAGCCCGUAGCUUGAAUGACAAGGUGUUUUCCCUGGAGAGCAAGCUCGAGAAGGAUCAGCAGGAGCUCAAAGCAGGUCAUUCCGAUACACUCCUUCUGGUGCAGCGGCUGGCCAGAGACCUGAGAUCCCUGACUUGCCAGAUCGUCGCUCUCAAGAGCAACGGGUCUCAAAAUACCUGCUGCCCCCCUAACUGGCUGGAGCACGAGGGCAGCUGCUACUGGUUCUCCGGCUCCUCCGAGAAGACGUGGGCAGAUGCGAACCUGUACUGCCGGCAGGAGAGCGCACACCUGGUGGUCGUCAACUCCAGAGCCGAGCAGACUUUUGUGCAGGAGCACAUCAGCUCACAAACGUGGAUGGGCCUCACUGACGCUGACGGAGCCUGGAAAUGGGUGGACGGGACGGACUACGAGACCAACUUCAAGAACUGGAAGCCAGACCAGCCAGACAACUGGGAUGGGCACGGGCUGGGCGGGGGCGAGGACUGCGCACACUUCGAAGUCGACGACGGCAAGUGGAACGACAACACCUGCCAGAGGGUCUUCCGCUGGGUGUGCGAGACCAGCCUGGGCAGGGCCAGCUAGCGCCGCGGGGGUGCCUCCUGCAGACCUCCCGGUCCAGACGCAGGGAGGGGGAGGGGCCUUCCCUGAGACCCUUACCAGGCGGUGGGGAGAGGACCAAGCCUGUGGAGGUUGGGCUGCUGCCACCACGAUGUUCUCCUUGGCGUUCAAAAGACUCUCUAGAGUUCUUCAAGGUUUUGCCUUUUUAACCUGGUGCAUCGAGGUGUCAUGACAUAUAAAACUGUAAGACAUUU